AUGGGUAUUCAUCGUAUCACCACUAAAACACAAACAAUACUUCCUUUUAAACUCUUCGAUUUUAAACUAUUUAAGAAUGAUAUGACAUCUGCUAUGUUUUAUCGUCAUUAUGUUUCAGGAACUAACAUGAAAGAAAAUACUGGAAACUCACUAUUAUAUACUCCUGAAAAUACAACUGCUACAACUUCUACCUCUAAUCCUAUAUCUACAUCCACAUCUAUCUCUAAUUCAACUACAGUUAUCUCUUCCUUUCCUUCUUCUUCUACUUCUCCCUCCCCUUCUUUCCCCACUUAUGAAGAAUAUUUCAAAACUUUACCAAAACAAACCUUAUUUUCUCUAUUCCUAAUCGGUGUGUGUUCAUUAAAUAAAUUGACUUUAUCAACUGCUACAUAUAUUUUCCCAUUUAUUCCACUCUCUUUAGUUCGCAUCCUGGUAUCAAAGCUUUACUGUGGUGGUGAAAACAUGCAAGAAGUCUUACAAUGUGGUCAAGAGUUACAAAAAAGAGGUAUCUCAAAUAUGAUGCUUUCUUUAACAAUCGAAAAUUCUGAAGGGGUUAAGCAAAUAGAAAAUAUCGACCAAAGUAUAGUGGACCCAACUAUCGAAUCCAUCUACAAGGUAUUGAAACCUAACUUAUUAUCUCAGUUGGAUUCUCUUACCGAUGAACAAAAUAUUAACACAAUUGCACCAGGGUAUAUCGCUUUGAAACCCUCUGCACUAAUUGAAAAUCCGAAUGACAUUUUAAUGAAUUAUGGUACUCAUCCAGACUCGAAAGUGUUGUUCGACCGCUGUGCAAGAAUCACUCAAGUGGUCCAUGAUUUGAAUCAACAAUUAUCCAAGAUCUAUCCAUCACGUAAGUCACCCUUCUUCGUUUCUACCAUUGACGCAGAAAAAUUUGAUUGGCAAACUAAAGGUGUAUACAAUUUACAACGCCAAUUGAUGCAAAAAUUUAAUCGCGAUCCUUUGAUCUCUGUGGCCGGUACUUGGCAACUAUAUUUGUCAGAUUCCAUAAAACAUCUGACUAAUGAUGCUUUACUGGCUAAACAAAACGGUUAUAGAUUAGCAUUAAAGAUUGUCCGUGGCGCCUACAUUCAUUCUGAACCAAAUAGAAACUCUAUCAUCUUCAGUACAAAAGAGAGCACAGACAACAACUACGAUAAUAUAAUGACCAUGGUUCUCAAUGACAUGAAAAAUAAUGGUAAAGAUUCUGUGUAUGGGCAUUUGGUUGUGGCCUCCCAUAACGCAGAAUCUCAAAUCAAAGCAGCUGUCCUAUUGGAUCAAUUGUCUGAAGAUACAUACGUUAGAGCUAAUGUUUCACUUGGCCAAUUGUUGGGUAUGUCCGAUAAUUUGGCAUACAAUUUAAUCAAUAACUACCAUAUGCAUAAUUUGAUUAAAUACGUUCCAUGGGGCCCAACAAAAGAGACAAGAGAUUAUCUGUUGCGUAGAUUACAAGAAAAUGGAGAUGCAGUUAGAAGUGAUAAUGGAUGGGGAUUAGUCAAGAAAGUCGCAAAAGCUUUAUUCUAA